UGUUGAAUUCCCAUGUGAUGCUUAAAUGUGUUUUUUGUUUUUCAGAAGGAACCUUCCAACACAAGCAGUAUCACAUCCUGUGAAAGACUCUCCACCUGUGAGAUUGGAAGUGCUCUGUGCAGGAGGUGAGAAUAACAUUAGUGUUGAUUUCGCUGGAUCGCCUGUUAACCUCAGCCAUGACCUGAAGAUGAAGGACAUUAAGAAACCUCAACAGUUGGCUUCAGCUGUAACAGUGUCUGAUCUAUGAACCAGAGAAUCCAGAGACCAAACAGUUCAUUCCUCUCAUCCAGGAGAACCUGCAGAGAGAGCAAAAGGAGAAAAGCCAAGAUGAGGAAACUGAUUAUGGUGAUGAUGAUUCAGACUCCAGUGAUGAAGAUGACUCAGAGGAAUCUGGGAGUGAUGAAGACUCUGUACAGAGCUCAGACAGCUCUUCUUCCCUCUCCUCAUCAUCAAAUUAAGAAGAGGAAAAGAAGCUGGGGAGACAUAAACCAUGUUCACCCUCUCACCUCACCCCAUAGCUGUCACCAGCACACUGCCUAGUCUGACGGACAGUCAACACACCAGGUCGCAGUUGUAAAUGAGAACUUGUUCUCAACUGGCCUACCUGGUUAAAUAAAGGUGAAAUAAAACAUAUUUUUAUUUAAAAUAUAUAACAUGAACAAUGUCUACACUGUAUUUCUGAUCAAUUUGAUGUUAUUUUAAUGGACAAUUUUUGUGUUGCUUUUCUUCAAAAACAAGGACAUUUCUAAGUGACCCCAAACUUUUGAACGGUAGUGCAAUUCAAUCCAUUUUAGAACAAGGCUGUAACGUAACAAAAUGAGGAAAAGGGGAAUGGGUCUCAAUACUUUCCGAAUGCACUGUCUAUAAAGGUCUGUUCUGACAGGGUGAAGAGAGAACAAGUGGAAAGGAAGAGAACAUCCAAAAAGAAGGGGUGUGGUGAAAGAGGAAAGAGAGAGUGAAAGCAGGGGCAUUAGGCAGUGGAGAGAACACUUCCCAUUGGAGCCCUGCUGCUUGGGAUAAUGGGGUUGAUAGGUCAAUUCCCUAAACUUCCUCAGCAACCGAUUGGUUAUUUUCAUUGAUAAUCUGAUAAAAGUCCCGGAGCGCACGGGAAUAACGGAGGACUGAUGGCCACGUCUGAACCGACAGCCGCUGGCGGGGACCAGGACCCCAACUCCGCCAAUUUACGACCUUCAUCCACAAACUAUGACGCGUGGAUGCAAGGAUGCACGCGGAAACUGGGGAUGAAGAUCUGUGGGUUCCUGCAGAAGAAUAACAGUCUAGGGGAGGAAGGCCGGCUCGCAGGCUCGCUCUCAGAACGCCAGAAGAACCUGUUCUCCUGUGUCAACAGCGACCGGGAUGCGCGCUUCUGCCGCACUGAGACCGAUUUCUCCAACAUGUUUGCGAGAGAUUUACUUCCCGCCAAAAAUGGAGAAGAGGCCACUAUGCAGUUCUUAUUGGAACUUGUGGACAUCCUCACCAACUACGUCAGGAAGUCGUUUGACCGUUCCACCAAGGUUCUGGACUUCCACCAUCCGCAUCAGCUGCUCGAGGGCAUGGAGGGCUUCAACCUCGAGCUCUCUGACCAGCCAGAGUCCCUUGAGCAGAUCCUUGUUGACUGCAGGGACACGCUCAAGUACGGCGUGCGAACAGGUCAUCCGCGGUUCUUCAACCAACUCUCUACUGGGCUGGACAUCAUUGGGCUGGCUGGGGAGUGGCUCACCUCUACAGCCAACACAAACAUGUUCACCUAUGAGAUCGCUCCAGUGUUUGUCCUGAUGGAGCAGCUGACGCUGAAGAAGAUGAGAGAGAUUAUUGGCUGGCCCUCAGGAGAGGGGGACGGAAUAUUCUCACCAGGGGGUGCCAUCUCUAACAUGUACAGUGUGAUGAUCGCUCGCUACAAGUACUUCCCUGAGGUCAAGACCAAGGGCAUGUCUGUCGCUCCCCGUCUGGUGCUUUUCACAUCAGAACAUAGCCACUACUCUAUCAAGAAGGCAGGGGCAGCUCUGGGCUUUGGUUCAGAGAACGUGGUCCUGCUGAGCACAGAUGAGAGGGGGAGAGUUAUUCCUGCUGAUCUAGAAGCUAAGAUCCUCGAUGUCAAGCAGAAGGGUUAUCAUCCACUGUUUGUGAACGCUACAGCUGGUUCCACUGUUUACGGAGCAUUUGACCCCAUCAAUGAGAUCGCUGACAUCUGCGAGAAAUACAACAUGUGGUUGCACGUAGACGGUGCAUGGGGAGGUGGUCUCCUGAUGUCCAGGAAGCAUCGCCAUAAGUUCAGCGGUGUUGAGAGGGCUAACUCUGUCACGUGGAAUCCUCACAAGAUGAUGGGAGUGCCUCUACAGUGCUCUGCCAUCCUGGUCAGAGAGAAGGGUAUUCUGGCGGGCUGUAACUCGAUGUGCGCAGGGUACCUGUUCCAGCCUGAUAAACAGUAUGAUGUCAGCUAUGACACGGGUGACAAAGCCAUCCAGUGUGGGCGCCACGUUGACAUCUUUAAGUUCUGGCUCAUGUGGAAGGCCAAGGGCACCAUAGGAUUUGAGCAGCACAUUGACAAGUGUCUGGACCUGUCUCAGUACCUCUACGACAAGAUCAGAAACAGAGAGGGAUACGAGAUGGUGUUCGAUGGAGUGCCCCAGCACACCAAUGUAUGUUUCUGGUACAUUCCACCCAGCCUGAGAGGCAUGGAACACAACAGCAAAGAGUAUCGAGAGAAACUUCACAAGGUGGCGCCCAAUAUCAAAGCAAUGAUGAUGGAGUCUGGUACGACCAUGGUGGGCUACCAGCCUCAGGGCCAGAAGGUCAACUUCUUCCGCAUGGUCAUCUCCAACCCUGCAGCCCUCCAGUCAGACAUCGACUUCCUUAUUGACGAGAUCGAGAGGCUGGGGCGUGACCUGUAGAUAGCACCAACACAGUAGCCAGAGGCCGGAACUGCAGUUUUCAAUGUUUUACCUGUGACCACACUAAUCGGGCUCUGAGAGAAUUUUGGAGCUGUUCUUGAUUUGUCCUAAACAAUUCUCUCUGAAGGUAGGAUGUGUAAACCACAGCUUUUAUGGCAUGAUGGGUACACACUCCAAUACUAAAGUUUGACUAAUGUUUGUAUGUGUGUGUUUGUAGUAGAGUACUGUGUUGUGUGUGUGUUCAAGUCCGUAAAACAGUUAUUUGUCUGUGUUGCACAGUAGAUUAGGUAGAUUAAAUGAUGUAAGGUAAGGUAACACAGGGAAACCCUCUACAUCGGUGUGUGUGUGUAUGCGUGUGUGUGUGAAAACAAAGAAAUGCCUGAGAGCACAUAUAGUAUACAAUAUACUAUGAUAUAUGAAUAUUAUGAUAUACACGAUGCAUCACUUGCACUCAGCAUAUAUAUAAUUCUAGAGACAGAUGCACCAACCCUUUCUCCUAGCGAUAAACCUUAACCUCCAGUGUGUGUUUCGUGGAGAAGGUGUGUGUGUGUAACAGUGUAUGUACCCCAUGCUGUAACCUAAUGCUGUAUUGACCUUUGAACUAUGACCUUAGUGUUGACUAUUGGCUGAAAAUGCCCCUAGUUACUGAUCAAGUGUCAGUAUUAUGUUUUUCUCCCUAAUGGUUAAUAUGAUUAAUUUUAGGUAUUGGGGAGGGUAAACUGAUCCUGGAUCUGUGUCUAAAGGCAAAUUCUACUUGCAGAGUGUAAAACACUGGCUCCUGGCCUGUGUGGAACAAGCAAACAGUAUGUCAUUUUUGAAGAUGUUUAAAUACUAAUAUGAUAACUAUAAAUAUAUAUAAAGUUAAAAUAUGAAUUAUUUAUGACAUUACCAGUGUUUCAAAAGUCAAGUAUUUUCCUCCAUUUGUAAAUGUAUAUUUUAUGUAUAUUCUAUAGCCUCUAUGUAAUCUGUAUGUUUUGAUUAAUAAUGCUAUUAGUCAAUGAUAUAUUAUAUUAUAGUGAAUAUGUGAGCCAAAGAAAGUGAAUCGGGAACAUACAGCAAUCCACAGCCCUUUAGAUAGCAGAAAUACACUAAAUCACAUGUAAGAUAUCCUAAAUAUGUUACUUAAUUGCCCUGAUCCCCAGUGCAAUCGGUAUAUUGUGUAUCUGUGAUUGUGUCGCUCUGACUGAAUGUUGUGCAGUGAUCCGAUUGACUGUAUGAUACUUAAUUAUUAUAAGGAGAUUAUACAUCCAUUCAUUUGCCAAGAGCCAUAUAUAUAUAUAUAUAUAUAUAUAUAUGGUGUCAUUUGAGAAGCAGCCUUACCGGCUUUUUGGUGUCAACUCUGGUGUUAACUUGUCAGUCCUUCGUCUAGCAAGAAGCACAAGGCUAUCGAGAGGGGAAUGUACUCUUCAAAGACAGAGAGAAAGAGGAUUGUUCCUGUCUGACAGAAAUAUAAUUAGAAAAAUGUAAUAUACUUGCUUAUGUAUGUAUUAUGUUCCAUAUUUCCUGUACCCUCAGUGUUUUGGGAACUCAUUGGAAAAUGUAAGAGUUUCAGUUAGUGUCUUUGCACAGUAAUAUCCUUCUUUAUUUCUUCCAUUUUAAAUGGAUGUGUAUUGCAGUAUUUUAAGAAUGAUGUGAUUAUAGAAAUAUAAUUCAUUUCUUGAUGGUAUGUAGGGACCAGCUAAGUAAACUGCACAGUGACCUAAACCAUGUGACCAAUCUCAAUGUGUAUGAAGCCGUAGUGGGAGAAUUGUCUUUAGGAAGGUACCGUAGGCACUUUAACUCACAAUCAUGCAAUGUGCAGCUACAAUAAAGUCUAUUAAGAAACAGA